AUGUUCUGUCAGGAUGGACUAAUGAGAAUUGGAGAAUUCGAAAUACGAGAGCCGGUCCCGGAACUGCGCAAUGUGCGCGCAAUCGCAAUGCUGCGACCGUGGGUUGAUGUGGGGCGCGUGGGCACGCUGGUUCUCAACCGACUGGAACGACACUUAGGCGCGCAGGAGUUGGGACGGCUGGCAAAGCCCGGCAAGUUCUUCGACUAUACGCGCUAUCGCCCGCGAAUGCGCACGGUGCAGGGUCGGCGCGUUUUCUCGACUCCCAACACGAUCGUACACUACGCGCACGGCGACGAUCACGACUACCUCUUCCUGCACAUCCGCGAGCCGCAUGCCUUCGGCGAGGACUACUGCGAUGCGAUCGUCAAUCUCUUGCAGCACUUCGGCGUGUCCGAAUACUGCCGAAUUGGUGGGAUGUACGACUCGGUGCCGCACACGCGGCCUGUGUUGAUAACGGGCAGCCUCACGCGGGAGCAGGAGCGACGGGCGACAGGACUGAUCUCGUCCCGAGGGAGCACCUACCAGGGACCCACGAGCAUCGUCAACUUGGUGCAUGAGUCGCUGAUACAACAGGAGAUGCCGUCGGUAAGCCUGAUGGCGCACCUGCCGCAGUAUGUUCAGCUCGACGAGGAUCACAUGGGCGCGGCAAGGCUUAUGAAUGUACUGUGCUCAAUGUACGAUCUGCCAGAAUCCCUUGCCGACGAGUCGCGGGGCGAGCAGCAGUACUCGGAGAUAAACCGCGCGGUGCGGAACAACUCCGAGGUGCGCGCGCUCAUCCAGCAACUUGAGACCUACUACGACCGCACUUACUCGGCGCCUCCGGAAUCGGAGGAGGAGGAAGAGGCAAUCUCCCUCGCGCCGGGUGUGGAGCAGUUCCUGUAUGAGGUCGGUGGACGCCUCGAGGAGCCGUCCGAAGAAGAAGGGGACGACUCGACGACGACGAGGACAUCGACGAGGGGCACGACAACAACUAGGCUCUGUUGA